AUGGAUGGCUGCCACAAAAACAUACUGAAGCCAGCAGAGAACCUGCACAGGAAUGGUUUAUUCAGAGAACAACGUGGUAUUGAUAUGGAAGGAGAGAAACUGUCUUAAUGUUUCAUCCCUCCCUCCUCUCCCCUCAUUCUCCCAUCCUUCAGACAGGUGCCAUCAUCCCUCACUGAUGACCGGGACUGAAAAGUAAAAAAAUCAGAAGCAACCCAUUCUUCAUAUUGGUCUGGUGUUGGUCAUAUUGGUCUUCCUUCUUCAGGUAUUCUGGGCCCUUAGCAGAGUAUUUUCUGACAACCAUAGGCCAGGCGACCAUAGGUCAACUUUAAGGUCAAAGCAAGUUGCGAGUAACAGUUUAUUAUCAGACCACCCGAAUGCAGAGAAAGGGAGAGAGAGCGAGCGCGAGAGAUAGCGAGAGAGAGAGAGAGAGCGAGAGAGGAUGAGAGAGAGAGAGAGAGAGGAGAGAGAUGGCGAGAUAGCAUCGAGAGAGAGAGAGCUCAUAGAUGUAUAUCUUCUCUCUCUCUAUCUCUAUAUGCUCUAUCGCUCUUACUCUCUCUCUCUCUCUCUCUCUCUCUCUCUCUCUCUCUCCUCUCUCUCUCUCUCUCUCUCUCUCUCUCUCUCUGUGUAUUGUCCUUCACUACAGGUGGGCCAAAGGAGGCAAUGUGAUAAAGGAGGUCUCUGGUGACACCUAUGAGGUCAUUGUGGACCAUUCCUUCUUCACUGAGCCAGUCUCCUGUGAGGUCACCAACCCUCUGGGCAGCACCAACAUCAGCCGCAAUGUCGACGUCUACUGUGAGUGCUAGUACUGUAUUGCUCUUUCUGUUGUUAACCACCCAAUGUUAUGCAUCCUAUUUAGAUACAUUCUGUAGCUGACCGGAUGGUACUGUGUUAUAGAGUGUUCUGUGGUGCUGGUGGUGUUGUAUUGAUUGUACUGACUAUCUCUGUGUUCCUGCAGUUGGUCCACGCAUGGCUGCAGAGCCCCAGUCCUUACAGGUGGAUCUGGGGUCUGAUGCUGUGUUCAACUGUGCCUGGAUGGGAAACCCCUCUCUCACCAUCGUCUGGAUGAAGAGGGGCUCUGGAGUGGUAAGUAUUCCCAUAUCCAAUGUCUUUCAAAAUUUCUAGUUUAUGUUUUGACUAGGUGCAAAACACUGUAGAUUGUGAUCCAUUGCUCCAUUCAGGUUAGCCUAUACUUUCAAUGUCAUUUACUUUAUAUCAUGCUGGCCACAGCAGUAACUUCAUUAAUUAUAAAAAGUCGAACCGCAGCAGUCACGCAAGAUUCAGGUGACAAAGCAGUGCCCUUUGAGCUCAAAUCAGUUGUUUUCAAAGUCUCAUUAAUCCAAAAAUCCUGAGGCAGCUAGUGGCUCGGGCUCAUUAGCGGUCCUGCUCCCUGACUCCUGGCUGGAGAUGUGUUGAGGUGAGCAAAGGGGCAUGCAAUUGAUCUGCCAGCCAGGCUCAUUCCUCAACUCCGUAUACGUCAAACUUCAGAGCCUGGAGAUGGAGACCAAAACCGCCCCUCUCUCAUAUGAGCCUGGUCCCAAAUUGGAUUUUAAUAAUAGAAGAGAGGUGACCUUUAAGGCGUUAAGAGGAGCAUAGGCUGCUUUGUGCUGCCUCAAAUGAGAAGGUGACCUCUCGCUGCUCAUUCAGUGACUCUUGACCUCUGUGUGGCAGGUACUAAGCAACGAGAACAUCCUGACACUCAAGGCUGUGAGGCAGGAAGAUGCUGGGAAAUAUGUGUGCCGUGCCGUGGUUCCGCGAGUCGGCGCCGGGGAGAAGGAGGUUUCUCUCACCGUCAACGGUAAGUGUCACACUGGUCAGGAAUGUUUUGAGAGGUUUGGGGGUCACAUCUGCUAA